CUCACGACCGUGGACGCGCGCGCUUGUGUACAACGUUACUUGAUAAAAAACAUAAACACAAAAAUGAAUUGUGCCAUCGUGUUAUUGCUCGUUAUAAAUUUGUACAGUUUGGGGGAAAUGGCGUGCGCGAAUUGUGCGAACGGUGAUCUUAGUGUUACUGAGCUUACGGAUGUAAGGAUACAGUUCGUUAAACAUCAGAUCCUGAGGAAGUUGAGGCUGAGCCGGAAGCCGAACGUCAGUGUGCCAGUCAACAGCCUGCCAAUGCCAGUCGCCCAGGGACAGACCAGCCAGGGCACUGACAAACCAUCGGAGUUCAACGAUUACUACGGAAGAACUGAACAGAAAAUCAUUUUCCCAGUGGAAGGUGAAUGUCUCACUUCAGGGCGCUAUCCUUUCAUAUGUCUGCAGUUUGAACUACCUCCAGAUGUAGAGCCAGAGGAGGUCACUGUGGUAGAACUCUGGUUCUAUAAGGAGCGUGAUCCUCUCGAUGAAUAUAACCAGACUUUCGUGAUCUCUGAGGCUGCGCAUUGGGACAGCCAACAGAAGUUCAAGAAGACCAAACCUAUAGCUAUCAAAGAAACUGAUAUUUUGGAAGGUUGGGUCAGAGUGGAGCUGGCUUGGGCGGUGAGAGUUUGGUUAGAAGGCAGAGACAGAUUGCACACCCUUCACGUAGCCUGCAGGACGUGUCAGCUCCGUCGUGCUCCUCUCUCAUUUCACGAGAAGCACCGACCGUUCCUGGUGCUUUACACCAAGUAUGCUGGGAAACGUCGUCGAGGGAGGACCCUGGAGUGUGGGGCAAAUACCAGCGAGUGUUGUCGGGAGCCGUUAUACGUCAGUUUCAAGGAACUUGGCUGGGACGACUGGAUCAUCAGACCCGAGGGUUACCACGCAUACUUCUGUAAAGGGAACUGCGCUCCGAUAUACGCUGUCUCACAGGCUGACAGCUACCACCAUAAUAUAAUCAGAAAAUACUUCUAUUCGGUGAACGAUAAUCGUAGAGGGGAGUUCAAGCCUUGCUGUGCGCCGACUACCUUCAGUUCGUUACAACUGCUCUACAUGGACUCCAACAACACCGUCACUCAAAAAACUCUACCGAAUAUGGUCGUAGAGUCCUGUGGUUGUAUGUGACGAUAUAAAAAAAAUCAAAACUAAUUAGAUAAUUUUUAACUUAAUUUCGAUGUUUCGCCUUUUGGUUCCUAAGUUAUUUAAUGCUAUGUAAUAUUUACUAUUGAUAUCGGUGAUGAUUACCUACUUAAGAAACAUGUGAUAUUUCUUGCGAGGUUUUUAUGUUGUGAUGUAUUUAUAUUCUAUGUUAUUUAACAUCAGUGCAUUUACUUUAUUUAAUCGGUACGUUUGUGUUUAUAUUAUUAGAUUUAUAAUUAUGUUUUUUGGUACACGGGCUGUGAUUGUGGGAGGCAUUAACAAAGUAUAUAUGAAAGGUUACAUUGAUGAGAACUUUGAAAUUUAAAUAUUAUAUGAAAUAUUGAAUCGAGACGAAACGAGACGUAAACAAAAGUAAGCAAUAAAUCAUUUGUUUAAACGCAGUGCAAUUGAUAAGGUCUUAAUUACAGAGGACUUUGCUCUACGAUAUAUUUAUCUCUUAAAAAUAUAAGUGUGCCUUUAAACUCAUAACAGUUUAAAACAUUCAUUAUUUACGAUCUAAUGACAUAUAUUUCAAUAUAUUCGAUCACGCCGGGUCAGUGGCCGACAUAAAACAUUUAAAACAAUUGGUCCGAUUAUUAUUUUUAUAUAAAUAAAUCUCAAACAAUCUCAGGCGUGUGUACCAAAUUUUUGUAUGAUAAAUUAUCAUAUUAUAGUACUUAGCAUAGCGAUGUGUGGAUAGUAAUGAUUAAGUUAUUUACUUAUAUUUAUAAGAAACAAUACCUCGAUGACAUGUUUCAAGUAAAAUCAAGGAUUCAAGUCAUUCAAAACUCAAUUUUUAUAUCAAAAUCAAUCUCUAACGUCCUGCUAUGAGCGACGUUUGUAAUAGUAGUCUCCUUAAGCACAUGUAAAUAAUCUAUUGAGUUAAUUAAUUGUUUUGUACUUUGAUAUUUUAAUUUAUAUGAGAUGCAGAAUGUUCUUAUAUUUUUAAUGUCGCAGGGACACCGGGUUUAGUCUCAUGUACUUAAUGUUUUCGUCGAACCCGGCGUCCUAGUAUUAUAGAUUAAGUCAGAGUUAAUAAACAAAUUUCUUUAA